ACAAGAUAUUCGUUUACAAAUACAGAAAUUCUAUGCUCUUGCAUUCCCAAAAAGUUACGAAUCUCAGAAGAAACGCCGCUAGGAAACUUGGAAUCAAUAAAAUAGGGUUUGAAACGAAUCAGUUGCGAUUUGUGUAUCCUCUACAAUAACCAUAACCACUGCACACCUUCAGUACAACAGGUUAACAUUAAAAAUUCACUUUUCAGCUAAACAGCAGACACAAAUACAAUGGCAGAGGCGCAACAAAUACCUAUCUCCACUUCACAAUACAAGCCUCAUCCCACAGAAACCAUGAAAGCAGCUUUAUGGAUGGGUCGACGAAAGAUCGAAAUCGCUGAGGUUGCCAAGCCAUCCAUCACUGAACCGUCCGAUGCCAUCGUUCACAUUACUCACACUACAAUCUGCGGCUCGGACCUGUACAUAUAUGAAGGCGAUCUGGAUAGGUAUAUGGAGAAAGGGAGGAUUAUGGGUCAUGAAGCCAUUGGUAUUGUUGAAAAAAUAGGGAGCUCAGUCAGUCGCCUACAGGUCGGCGAUCGCGUCAUCAUUCUACCGAUCAUCGCCUGUGGGCAAUGCCGGUACUGCGAGAAACAACAAUUCUCAUUAUGUGAUAAUACCAACGGAUCGAAGGAGAUGGAGGCCAAAUACGGAUAUCGACUUUCGGGUAUUCUCGGCUCUUCCGAAUUGAUGGGUGGAUAUUCCGGUGACCAAGCUGAGUAUUGUCGCGUUCCAAACGCGGAUCUUACUUGCAUCAAAGCACCAGACGAUAUUUCGCCGAAAAAACUUCUAGGGUUGGCGGAUGUGACAGCGUCAGCCUGGCAUGGAUGUGAAUUAGCCGAAGUCGGGAAAGGUGACAUUGUGGCUGUCUGGGGUUGCGGAGCCGUGGGUUUAUCGAUUCAACGCCUUGCAAAGUUGCGUGGAGCAAGUAAGGUCUUUGCGGUGGACAAGGAUCAAACCAGAUUACAGAUUGCAAAAAGUUUUGGUAUGAUCCCUGUCGAUGUGGUAGCCCAUCCCAACGUGUCCGAUUACAUUCUAUCGGUGCAACCUCAUGGGCUCGAUUGUGGCAUAGAGGCCAGUGGAUUCCGUAGUAUAAACACGCCAAAGCACGCGGCUAUGCGGUAUAUGAAAGCUGAAACGGAUAGUGGCGAUACUGUGCAUGCUGUCCUCAAGUCUACUCGCAAAGGAGGGCGCAUUGCGCUUAUUGGGGACUUCUUCUGGGGUACUAAUGACUUUCCUAUCGGAAUGUUAAUGGAAAAGGGAAUUACUGUGAGAGGUGGGCAGCAUUUCGGGCCAAAAUACUACCCACAUCUGCUUAACCUUGUGAUUGAGGGAAAAUACGAUCCCUCAUGGAUGUUUACGUACGACGACGAAUUUGAAAACAUCAGUGAGGAUUAUCGACUGUUUUCCCGACACCAGAUCCCUGGCGGUCUGAAAGUGUGUUUAACAACAGAAUAUGGCCGUCAAAUGUACAAAAAUCGGCAGUGGUGAAGGAAGGUAUACACAUACAAGACGGAAAUGACAAACUGAAAGACCUUUAAGUCCCGUUAGGUAAUUAAUCGAAUCAAAAGAUUGUCGGAUUGUUGGUUUUACUCCAGGCCAAUCUUGAAUAGUAUCUGUUGGUUUUACUAC